UAUAAACACACAGGCGGUGUAUGAACGCUGUGUAACACUCCUAUAAAAACACCAACAGAGGCGCCGUCUGUGAAACACGAAACAUGAAGCUCGCCGCGUUGCCGUUGCUCUCUCUCGUUGUGUGGAUGUCCGACGCGGUUGUCAGGGUUCCCCUGACCAAGUUUCGCACUAUAAGGCGCUCCAUGUCAGACUCUGGGCGACCUAUAGAGGAACUCUUGGCUACCUCCAAGUCCACAAAGUACAACCUGGGUUUCCCUUCGAGCAAUGCCCCCACCCCUGAAACCCUUAAAAACUAUUUGGACGCUCAGUACUAUGGGGAGAUAGGGUUGGGCACGCCUCCUCAAACCUUUACCGUGGUGUUUGACACAGGAUCCUCCAACUUGUGGGUGCCAUCGGUGCACUGCUCUCUAAUAGACAUCGCUUGCUUACUUCAUCACAAGUACAACAGCGCUCAUUCGAGUACCUAUGUCAAGAACGGCACCGCAUUUGCCAUCCAGUACGGCUCUGGCAGCCUGUCUGGGUACCUGAGCCAGGACACCUGCACGGUUGGCGACAUUGCUGUUGAGAAGCAGGUUUUUGGAGAGGCUAUCAAGCAGCCUGGAGUUGCCUUCAUUGCGGCCAAGUUCGAUGGCAUUCUGGGCAUGGCGUACCCUCGCAUCUCUGUGGAUGGGGUCACUCCUGUUUUUGACAUGAUGAUGAGCCAGAAGAAAGUGGAGAAGAAUGUUUUUUCUUUCUAUCUGAACAGGAACCCUGAAACUCAGCCCGGCGGUGAGCUUCUCCUGGGUGGCACAGACCCAAAGUACUACACCGGAGAUUUCCACUACAUCACUCUCAGCAGACAGGCCUACUGGCAGAUCCACAUGGAUGGCAUGAGCAUCGGCAGCCAGCUCGCCCUUUGCAAGGGAGGCUGUGAGGGGAUCGUGGACACUGGUACGUCUCUGAUCACGGGUCCCGCCGCCGAGGUCAAAGCCCUGCACAAGGCCAUAGGUGCCAUCCCCCUCAUCCAGGGAGAGUAUAUGGUUGACUGUAAGAAGGUGCCCUCCCUUCCAGCUGUCUCUUUUGUCUUGGGGGGACAGACCUACACACUGACCGGAGAACAGUACAUUCUCAAGGAGAGGCAGGCCGGUAAACAAAUCUGCCUGAGUGGUUUCAUGGCUUUAGAUAUCCCUCCCCCAGCUGGGCCACUGUGGAUUCUGGGAGAUGUAUUCAUCGGGCAGUACUACACAGAGUUUGACCGUGAUAACAACCGAGUGGGGUUUGCCAAGGCUGUAUAGUCCCAGAUGCCGUGACCGCCUCGCGGUUUUACAGGAAUCAUAAUGAUUAGCAAAGAUUCAAACUGUCCACCAGGAUCUUUUCACCUGCUUCUGUACUACCUGCACAGUGAUCCAAUGGUGUUUGCACCACAUGCUUUAGUGUCCUGAAUACUCCGUUAUUGAGGCGUUUGUGAUGUCUGUGUGACUCAGGGACAGGCCCAACACAGGCUGCUACUGCUGUCUCACAGAAUGACAAACAUCUGAGGUAUUGAUUUUUAACAUGUUUGUUAAUUCUUAUUUCAAUGAUCUUAGCUAUUUUUACUUUAAAAUUUUACCUUUUUUUUCUCGAAAAUACCUGUGACUGAAUCAGUGAAUUCGAGCAAAAUAAAAUGUUUUAAAACCUCAUAACCUAUAAUCACUAUUUUUCUGUUAACACAUUGUUGACUUGCGUUUCUUGGCGGUGUUGGUGUGUGAAUGUGCUUGGUGUUUGUCUUAUGUGCAAAAUUGAGGAACAAGACUGUUGUAAAAGACUCAGAGUCACGACACUGGUUAUGAUGAUUAAUACUCCAGUCCUGAGGAAUAGUCAUGUCAUGUCAUGUUGUACUGGUACACACAUUAAAACUCAAUACAGCA